UGGACUCGCUGCAUUAUAUAUGGGUCUUUCCUGCAGGUACGUCUUCGAGACCGGUCCUCUGCAUGACAACUGUUAUUCCCCACAUUCACACCGCGGGCGAAAUAUUGUCACAGUUCACUGCGUCAUUGCGCUUUAGUAAUGAGCAUUUUCCCCAGAUAGACGUCAGGUGGACGAACGAGACAGACCGGAAAGAGCAGGAUUGUGGGUCAAGCGGAUACUGUGAGUCUCAGACUUGACCUUGGCUACCGACACCUACCGAUAUCGUGAAUGUCUGCACGGGCCCUUCCAUUGCAGGCCCUCCUCAACAUAUAUAUUCCCGAGCAAACGAGCCUUUGCUCUUUUUUUCUUACCAACGAGCGCUCCUCAACUUUUGGAUAAUAUUGGCAACUCGACAUAAUGGUCAAUAUUCUUAUGCUCGGGCUUCUCGCCUGCUCGAGCUUCACCCACGCGAUUCCUAUAGCGCAGCAAUCUGCCGAUGUCACGAGCAUCCUCAACCGUCGUGCAGCAGUCGACGCCUGCCCUGGCUACACUGCUUCCAACGUUGUUGAGAGCGACUCAGGAUUGACGGCCGACCUUACUCUUUCUGGCGCGGCGUGCAACGCCUACAGUGAUGAUAUCAAGGACUUGAAGUUACUCGUCGAGUACCAGACCGACGACCGUCUUCACGUCAAGAUUUAUGACGCCGACGAACAAGUCUACCAGGUUCAGGAGGAAGUGUUUCCCCGCCCCAAGCACGAGAAGGCGUCCGCUGGAAGUGCUGCACUUCAGUUUGGUAUCAAGACGAGCCCAUUCUCCUUCGCUGUAAAACGUAGGGACAAUGGCGAGGUUCUAUUUGAUACCGGUACUGUUCCCCUUGUCUUUGAGAAGCAGUAUGUUCGCCUGCGUACUAAGUUGCCCGACAACCCCAACCUCUACGGUCUUGGGGAGCACAGCGACUCUUUCCGCUUCGCUACGGACAACUACGAGCGUGUCUUGCUUAAUGCGGAAUCACCCAACAUUCCCAGGAAUGCUAACCUGUACGGAACGCAUCCCGUCUACUUUGACCACCGCGGUGACAAGGGGACUCACGGCGUCUUCAUGCUCAACUCCAGCCCUAUGCAAGUUGAAAUAAAAAAGGUCAACGGCUACCAGUACCUUGAGUACAACACCAUCGGUGGAGUCAUUGAUUUGUACUUCAUGGCUGGUAGCAAGCCCGCCGAGGUCUCCAAGCAAUACGCUGACAUCGCCGGCUACUCCGCCAUGUACCCGUACUGGACCUUUGGUUUCCACCAGUGCAAGUAUGGAUACUGGGACGUCAACAUGGUCGCUGAGGUUGUUGGCAACUAUUCGACUGCUGGAAUUCCCCUCGAAGUCAUGUGGACCGACAUCGACUACAUGUACCUUCGCGAGGAUUUCACGACUGACCGCGAGCGCUUCCCUCUCUCGAAGAUGCGCGAGCUUGUACAGACGCUUCACUCUCGCGACCAGCGCUACAUUCUGAUUCUCGACCCUGGUAUUCACGCUGUUGGCGGUCAGUACGUCACUUAUCAGAAGGGUCACGACAUGGAAGUCUUCCUCAAGGCCGCAGACGGUACCGAUCUACUUGGCGUACAGUGGCCCGGUGAAGUCGCAUGGCCCGAUUGGUUCGCGCCCAACACAGAGAAGUGGUGGGCUGGUGAGAUUCAGGCAAACUUCAACCCGGAGAACGGUAUCGAUCUGGAUGGUCUCUGGGUCGACAUGAACGAAGCCUCCAACUUCUGCCAGGAUGUUACCACCUGCAACCCCCGUCAGCAAGCGAUCGAUCAGAAUAUUCCACCACCGCCUACGAACCCGCCACGACCCAACACUGGCCGUCCUAUUCCUGGAUUCCCGGCUUCGUUCCAACCAGGAAGCACGCUCAAGGCUCUUCGUGCCUCAAAGUCUGUCUCCCCCCGCCAAUCUUCCAAUGGCAACAUGAAGGGCUUCCCCGACCGUGAAUGGUUCAAGCCCGCGUACCAUAUCAACAGCCAUCUGGGCGACGUUUCUCGUCAGACCAUUCCCAUGAACACUACAAACUACGACGGUACCUACCAGUACGACACGCACAACAUGUACGGCCACAUGAUGGCGGGAACUACCCGCGAAGCGAUGCUGGCCCGCCGUCCCGCGCUCCGUCCCUUCGUGCUGACGCGCUCCACCUUCGCUGGAUCUGGUAGCAAGGUUGCCCAUUGGUUUGGUGACAACUUCUCAGCCUGGGACGACUACCGGAUUUCUAUCCGUCAGAUGCUGUCUUUCGUCUCGAUGCAUCAGAUGCCCAUGGUUGGCUCUGAUAUCUGCGGUUUCAACGGCCAAGCAGACCAGUACAUGUGCGCUCGCUGGGCUGUCAUGGGAGCCUUCCAGCCCUUCUACCGUAACCACGCAGCAAAUGACGCCGCCCAACAGGAGUUCUACCAGUGGCCCGUUGUCGCUGAAGCUGCUAAGAAGGCUAUUGAUACCCGUUACAAGCUCCUUGACUACAUCUACACUGGCCUUUACUACCAGGGCAAGGAGGGUACACCUAUGAUCAACCCAAUGUUCUUCCUUUACCCAGAGGACACGAACACGUUUGGUCUCGACCAGCAGUGGUUCUACGGUGACGCGCUGUUGAUUACGCCCGUUGUAACUGAGUACUCCGACACCGUCACGUACUAUCUGCCCGAGGACACCUUCUACGACUACUGGACCUACGCAAAGGUCGAGGGUGAGGGUAAGAACGUCACUGUCAGCAACUUGGGCUACAGUGACAUUCCUGUCCACAUCCGCGGUGGCUCCAUCGUCCCGCAACGUGUCACCAGCGCCAACACGACCAAGGCUGUGCGUCAACAAGACUUCCUCGUCAUUGUUGCGCCUGAUGCGGAUGGCAAGGCGACUGGACGUCUGUACCUCGAUGACGGAGAGAGCAUUCAGCAGUCUGGUACCAGCGAAAUCUCCUUCUCGUUUGAUGGUGGCAAGUUCAGCGCGACAGGUACAUUCGGGUACUCGGGUGCCGAUGGAGAGAGCAUCACCGUUGGCCAAGUCGUUGUGCUGGGCCAGAGCCAGGCUGGCGCUACCGGCAACUUUGACGCUGAUAAGGGUGCUGUCACGGUCGAUGGGCCGUGGAAGAUGAAUAAGGAGUUUGGUUUCCAGCUAUGACGUUCACCCGGCUUACGGCUUGCUCAGAGUGGAGCCGGCCACACUUCGAUGGUUCAGACUAAGGCUGCUUUCCUUAUUGUCUUUGCAUGUUGUGUUGGAUUUAUGGGAAGCAUUGCAUAGAGAUGGCGUUCACGGAUAUUGAUUGGAAACGGGUAAACGGGUGGUAUGGUGGAUUUCCGAGAUACCAUGGGAGGCGUUUUACAACGAUGCUCUAUACCUCCACUGUUAUGAAUAGCACCC